UGCGGGAGCUGACGGGACACACGCACACAUACACACACAAACACACACACAUACACACAUGGUCGGAGCUGUCUGUGGUGCUGAAUCCCAGCACGUUUGUCUACGGCGAUUCCCCUCCUCCCCAGGAGCCGGCUAGGGCCAACAGUUUGAUGCUUUUACUCGCUCCCCCACAUUCCAUCGCAGCGCAGCAAUGGCCCGGACCAGGUGCAUCUUAACGGCUGUCUCUGGAUUUUACUUCUGGGAAGCGGCGCUACUGCUCAGUUUGGUAGCUACAAAGGAAACAGACAGCGCACGAUCUCGUCCUUCGCCAAUGUCACCUUCAGAUUUUCUGGACAAACUAAUGGGUAGAACAUCUGGCUAUGAUGCAAGAAUACGACCUAACUUCAAAGGUCCACCGGUGAAUGUUACAUGCAAUAUAUUUGUGAACAGCUUUGGAUCAAUUGCUGAGACCACAAUGGAUUACAGACUGAAUAUAUUUUUACGUCAGAAGUGGAAUGACCCACGUUUGGCAUACAGUGAAUAUCCAGAUGAUUCUUUAGAUUUGGAUCCAUCCAUGUUGGACUCUAUUUGGAAACCGGAUUUAUUUUUUGCAAAUGAAAAGGGGGCAAAUUUUCAUGAAGUGACUACAGACAACAAACUUCUAAGAAUAUUCAAAGAUGGAAAUGUUCUUUACUCCAUUCGACUAACCUUAACGUUAUCGUGUCCAAUGGAUCUGAAAAACUUUCCAAUGGAUGUGCAAACCUGUAUAAUGCAACUAGAGAGCUUUGGAUACACCAUGAAUGAUCUUAUUUUUGAAUGGCAAGAAAAUGGACCUGUCCAAAUUGCAGAUGGACUUACAUUGCCUCAGUUUGUUCUCAAAGAAGAGAAGGAUUUACGAUACUGUACCAAACACUACAAUACAGGAAAAUUUACCUGCAUUGAAGUGCGAUUUCACCUAGAAAGACAGAUGGGAUACUACCUAAUUCAGAUGUAUAUUCCUAGUCUUUUGAUUGUCAUUUUAUCAUGGGUAUCAUUUUGGAUAAAUAUGGAUGCAGCACCAGCAAGAGUGGCCCUAGGCAUUACAACUGUACUGACUAUGACAACACAGAGCUCCGGUUCUCGAGCAUCCCUUCCUAAGGUAUCAUAUGUAAAAGCCAUUGAUAUCUGGAUGGCAGUGUGUCUGCUCUUUGUCUUCUCUGCUCUGUUGGAAUAUGCAGCAGUAAACUUUGUAUCAAGGCAACACAAAGAACUUCUAAGGUUUCGGCGGAAGAGGAAGAAGGAUAGGGAUGAUGAUGUAAGAGAAAGUCGUUUUAGUUUUACAGCCUAUGGAAUGGGACCUUGUCUACAGGCAAAGGAUGGAGUGAAUCCAAAGGGACCACUAAAUGCUCCUCCUGCACCAAAAACACAUGAAGAGAUGAGGAAGGUAUUUAUCGACAGAGCAAAGAAGAUAGACACACUUUCUCGAGCUUGUUUUCCCCUAGCCUUUUUAAUUUUUAACAUAUUCUACUGGGUCAUAUAUAAAAUUCUCAGACAUGAGGACAUUCACCAACAGCAAGACUAAAGGACUAGAUGUUCUCUUGUAACACAAAAUGCAUUCAGUCACAGCAUCAUUUAAGAAUCUUGUACCCACGGAAUAUAAUGACCUUGUUUGUAUCCUACCUGCUAAAUGUGAAACACUUUUCCAAACAGGCCUGUGUUACAGCUAAACUAUACUGCCAGUCAUGUCUUUACAGUUUUACUAAAUGGGAUCAAAUCACAGCAUUUCCUUUUAAUUAUUGUUUUUUUAAAGUAGUUGUAAUUUUGCAUCUAAUGUACAAACCAGGACCAAACCAAUUUACUUAAAUAUUUCAAUUCUAACUACAAAAUGCAAACUUUUUUUUACAUUUGUAAAUCUUGUAACAGCAACGACUUCCUUUUAUCAAGAGACAAAUUGUAAUAUGUCGUUUUUGUGUUAAGAUCAAUGUGAUAUUUUGUACAAGGCACAGUUGUAGUCCGUCUUAUGUACGAUUCAACUGGAAUACGUUUCUUAAUAACUUAUUAUUAUAAUAAAUAUUCAGGGGAGUCUUAUGCUGGCCACACAUCAGACUGUUGAACUGGACAGCCUAAAGACUGGAUCUGUGGCCAGUUCAGCCACAUAUCUCAGAGACCAAAUUGUCCAGAACCAGGUAUUUGGGUGUCAGGAAGAUUAUCACUGCCUUUGAACAUAUACUCAGACAGAUACAGUCAGUUAGCCAAAUUAAUCAACAUGUCCAAAUGAAAACUUUCAAUCCAAAUCUGAUUGAACAGUUUGGUCACCACUGCCAAUAGCAGCUGACAAUAUGAACCUUUAUGUGCCCAGCUUUAGCUGUAUUUACAGAGCAUACAUUCUGAUGUCCCUAUGCUUUAAACUAUGGAGAAUAUCAGAUUCUGAAUAUAUUAAUUACAGGUGCAUUACCUCAACUGUGGUACGUUUUAAUGUCUUGUUAACUGUUCCUAAAUGUGUAUCUUUUUUUUAAUCAGUGAUUUAUAGUCAUUGAAAAGUGACACACUUUAUAUUAUCAAAUCUACAUUUUGUAAGACUUUUAUUGAGUUGUCAGUGCAACGUCUCAUUUUAUCAACAGAUGUAUACAGGAAGCAAAAUGUAAUAAUCUGCAUGCGCAAGGGAACACUUUCACAGCAUUCAGUGCUUAUGGGCAGAGACAGACAUUUACAUGUGUAAUUCAUAGUGACGAGCAAAUUUUUUCACCAGGCAUGAAUUCACUGCAAAAAUUCUGCAUUUCGCCAUUAGAGAAUUUUUCCGCAA